AUGGUGAAGAUGACCAAGUCGAAGACGUUCCAGGCCUACCUGCCCUCCUGCCAUCGUACCUACAGCUGCAUACACUGUCGGGCGCACCUGGCCAACCACGAUGAACUCAUCUCUAAGUCAUUCCAAGGCAGCCAGGGCAGAGCCUACCUCUUUAACUCUGUUGUGAAUGUGGGCUGUGGACCGGCCGAGGAGCGGGUUCUCCUGACAGGUUUACAUGCUGUCGCUGACAUCUACUGUGAAAACUGUAAAACCACUCUGGGCUGGAAAUACGAGCAUGCGUUUGAGAGCAGUCAGAAGUACAAGGAGGGGAAGUUCAUCAUUGAGCUGGCUCAUAUGAUCAAGGACAAUGGCUGGGAGUGA